CAGUCUGGGGGUUAUAACCUGAGGCACCGGUACACUGAGGACAGUGCUCACCCAGCCACCCAUUGUGUCACCCAGCAUAUCCUCCUCCACGCCAUUGUUGACACGUCACAGCAUCAGGUUAAUUAGUAACAUCGGCCAUUUUGUCUUAAUGGCGGGAGGUGAGUGGAGUCAUAACGGUGUUGGUGAAGACGGAGCUGUGGAGGAGGAGGAGAGAGGGUCAGGACUAAGGUUACCCUUGGCCAGGGUCAAGAGGAUCAUGAAGUGUGACCCAGACCUGAACUUGGCCAGCCAGGACGCCGUGUACCUCGUCGCCCGGGCCACCGAACUUUUUGUGGAGAGUCUGGUGCAGGAGUCCUACCAAUACACUGUUCAUUCUCGCAAGAAAACUGUGUCCAGAAGAGACGUUGAUAACAGCAUUGAAGCCAUCGAGGCCCUGGCAUUCUUGGAGGGUGCCUUGGAAUGAAGGUGUUGGGAUGUAAAGCUUCCAAGAUGUGACAGUAAAUCUUAAGCUGUGAUACCCUGGCCUGCAUGCUCGUGAAGAGGUCACGACAACCUUACCAGGACUGGCUCUCAAGAGGACAAGGUGUGUUUUGUUCAGGGCAUCACAGCCUGUCGGGGGGUGACAAUGCAGGUACAGUAUUUAUUAUUGUAAAGAAAAUUGUAGAUGAAGGCGUAACACACUGAUGUCUUUAAUACCAGAGACUAGCCACAACAUAAUAUUUUCUACAUUAUAUAUUGUACUUACCAGACAUUGUGAACCCAGGUAGUGUGAACCUUUGUGUUGAUCCUUGCAACUUGUUACUGUGUAAUGUUGAAUAUGAUAGUGUUGCCAAGGAUUAGUGAUCAUAUAACUACUGUUCUACAUGUUAGUCUUGUCAUUAAUAAGUGAUGUUCAGGUAGUUACUCAACACAUUAUUGACCACCAAGCUGUUAUUCAUCUUCAGCCAUCCUCAGAUUUACACAAUAAGAGUCAUUUCCAUUUUAACUUAUUUGAAAACCAUUUUAACAUAAUUUAUAUUUUUUGGCUGUUAAUAAGUAGAUUAUGGUAGUUAUAGUUGGUUCUUACAAAAGUUGGUAUCACUUGCUACCUCAGUUCAAGAUCUCUACUUAGAGACCUUAAAGUCAUGCUGUCUUCAUUGUUAUCUGAGCAACUUUUCACUCACUCUCUUAGGUGAUCAUCUGGGAGGUUACUCUUCUGGGUAACAAGAUAAUGUCAUUGGGUAUACAGUACAGUAGUUGAUUUCAAAAUACAGUACUUAAUUGUAUAAAGUACAAGUAAAUUAUUGCAGCAGACUUAUUCAUAAAUAUACACUGUCCAUUGUAGUAUACUGUAUUUAUAUCAUACAAAUAACAGGAAGCUUAACCCUUUGGCUGUGGAAGGUUACCCUAAGCUGAAUAAAAUCAUCGUGGUGGUAGCCAGAAUAAAAUAGCAAGUGCGGGAAACGCAGCGAUAGGGUUAACAUAAGUGCCAGGCCUAAGUCGUAUGUGUGUGUACUUCCAUCUGUGAUCAGUCUUAGAGAUAAAUUUUCAAUAUAUACUUUUUAGAA